ACCAAACGUCAAAUCAAAUGUCAUUCGAAGGCUUUUCUUUCGAAGGAAAAUAAUUUUUGAUUCUUAAAAAAUGUAAAACUUUUCGAUUUAGUAAUGGAAAUUUGAAAUUUAAGUAAACGAAAUGUGUAUUGAUGUAUCAGUAGGCAUUAUGAAAAAUAAACUGUGAUUGAUUUGUUGAAAGUUAAAUGUUUGAGGCCAGGUAUUUGGAAAGCAUGAGGACAAUGUUUGUUGCACAUGAGAACAAUAGCAAAAAGAGGUUUCAAAAACCUAAUAUUUUAAGGAAAAGACCAAAUGGUCCUACGAGACCAAACAUAGCUGUUACUCAUGAAUCUCCCAGUGGGAAGUCACUAGUCAAUACUACUUUAUCCCUGGAACCAAAGUUGCAGCUUGAAAACCUGACAAAAGUAAAAUGUAAGCCAAGUCCUACUAAAAAACCAGUACAGAGGUUAUUAUUAGAAAAUAAAAAUGAAUGUAGUAUAAGUGAACUUUAUGAAAUUAACACAAAUGUUGAUGAUCGAACAAGCUUUGUAACAGGGAGAGAUGUGUUAAUCAACAAUACUAAAGAAGAAGGUAUUUCUCAAACUACAAUAACUAUUGAAUCAUUCUUAAAUACUAGUAUAGAAGAUCAGAAUAUAACACAAAUCAACAUUGAAAAUGAAAUAAAUGAUAUGAUGAAGCAAGAGCGGUGCCUUGAUUUUAUUGAUAAUGCUCAAGAAAUUAUCAUAGAGGAUAUUGAUGGAUCUCAGCUAGGAAGUUUACGGUUGGCUGCUCAUUCAGUCACCGAUGCAGUUCCAAUGUCUUCAGUGUCUUCUCAAGAACACAUAGGGACGGUGAAUUCAACACCUGUGCCAAACCUCACUUUAGAAUAUUUAGCUAACAGUACCAUGAAUUUUAAGUGUGACGCUCCAGAUUGUAACAAGAAGUUUAGAAGUGAACAAAAACUGAAUAAGCACAAGGUCAUACAUGAUAAGGGUCCCAAAGUGGUAAAGCGGACUGCAUUAGAAUGUCCUGUAAAAAAAACAAUAAAUGGGGGUAUCGAAGAACCUUGUGGAACAUUAUGUGUGUCUAAGGAAGAGCUAGUGAAGCAUUUGAACGAAGACCAUAGUCCUGAAGAUGCUACAUAUAUCUGCAUGGAAUGCGGGCGUCGCUUCUUCUGGGCGUCGGGGCUGCGGGCGCACGCGCGAUCGCACGCGGGCCGCGCGGCCGCGCUGGCCUGCGCCUGGCCCGGCUGCGGCCGCGCCUUCCCGCAGCCCUGCCGCCUGCGCGAGCACAUGCGCGCGCACACCGGCGACAAGCCCUACCCCUGCCGCUAUCCCAACUGCGGUUGGUCGUUCCGCACGGCCAGCAAGCUGCUGCGGCACGCGCGGAGGCACACGGGCGAGCGGCGUCACGCGUGCGGCGCCUGCGGCCGCGCCUUCCGCCGCCGCGAGCACCUGCGGGAUCACUGCGCCCGCUACCACCACACCAAGCACGCCUGCGAUCUACAAGGUUGCCAACGUAAGUUCACCAACGUGGAAGCAUUGAGGGUUCAUAUGAAGAAGGUACAUCAUCGGGAUUAUCCUCUACCCGACGUGACUCUCGAUGAGGUUGGUCCUAUGACGCCCAGCGCCGUGGCUCUGCCCGAUACCCGACAGGAGGAAACUUUCAUGGUGAACUUAGACUCGUCAGCAUUAGACUCGGAGACGUUAACAGAGGUAGAAGCAGCGAUGGGCGAAUCUGCCUCCGCCUCACGGACGGUUCGCGCGGAGUCGUGUGUCGCGGGGCCGUGUGUCGCGGAGCCGUGUGUCGCGGGGCCGUGUGUCGCGGAGCCGUGUGUCGCGGAGCCGUGUGUCGCGGAGCUGUGGCACGCGGCGCGCACCCACUGCACGUGGCCGCUGGGGCCGCGCGGCUCUUUGCCUGACGUAGACACAGUGCAGCAUUACGUGCCCGAUGAAGAUGUCCAGGUGGAGCUGUCAGAGGGUUCGGAGAGCAACAUAUACACGAUCAGGAGCGAUCUCUUCCUUCAUGGAAAUGUACUGAACAAUGAAGAUAGCGAACAAAUGGCGGGCGUGGAGGCAGGGGCGCUGCUGGCGCCGCCCGCCGACCACGGGCUCGGGCUGAUGGACGCCCACCCCACCAUCGACCUCAUGCAGGAGGAGCUGAUGUACACAGACUCUGCAGUGGACGAGUCUUCGUUCAGGGUGUUCUUGCUCAGCGGCGAGGAUCUCAGCUAAGCUCACCAGGUCAUGCUCAAACAGAUAAUACACAAAAAAAAUCGCCAAAUAUUGCAGACUAUACCUUACUAUAAUAUACGCGGACAAUGGGGCAAUAAGAAAGGGGAGUUGACAAAUCAUUUCUAUCUAUCUAUGUAUUCAGCCUGUAUCCACCUACUGUUGGGUAUAGGCCUCCUCGCUAAGGAAAAUUAUGUACCGAUACACGGGCCGUCGAGUAUACAAAAAAGGAGAAGUAAAAAAAAUAAGUCCCGUCGUUGAUCGGGUUUUUCGCAACGGGGCUGCAUUCAUACGCCUACUCCUCUUUCGUAUGGCUCCGUACAAUAUACGCGUAUUCACCCAUUUAUGACUGACAUGCAUAUACGAAUUUAACUGAAGCAAUUGUAUUCCAUAAAAAGAUGUUUCAGGAUAAAAACAGCAAAAAAAGGCCAACAUAUUUUUAUAUUCCAUAUCACGCAUGUUUGUGUAUUUAGUGUUAUUGAUAACUCAUGUUUAUUUACUUGUAGUUUCGUGCAAACGCAGCCCGAAGUGAUAAUUCCAAUCCAGUAGCUAACUAAUGCGUGUUAUAUCACUGAGAGUGGUAAUAAGUUCUGAUAAGAGUAUAUUUUGUCGUUAUGAUGGAAGGAAACAUUAUUUGUUGGCCAAUCAUAGACUAUUUAAGUGAUGGAGGAGAAGUGAUACGAGAUUUGUAUUGCCGGUAUGUCUCAUUUGGCUUUUAGUUGCAAGGUAGUUUU